AUGGCUAGCACAGGCGAAACCGCGCCUGCGUAUGGGAUCCCGACCAGGAAGCUUGCGGCGCUCGAGCAUCCUGCGUUGCUGAAGACGCUCGACCGGGGCAUUGACACGUUGGGGCUGAAUGCCGACUACAGGAGGAUUGUCAAGCCAGAUGGGCCGCACGCGUCGGUGCCCAUCUUCUUGCGGCACGAGGACCCGUCGUCGAGCGCGCUGGCCUCCCACAACGCAGCAUCGCACAACGUCGUUGUGGCCGUGACGCUGCCGAAGAGGACGGGGAGAAAGCGAAAGAGAGGAGGCCACGGCCCAUGGGAAGAGGACGUCUCUGACUCUAAUGUGCAGGGUGAUGGUCUGGCAGGGGCGACGCUGAGCCAGCGAGACGGGAUGAUGCUGAGACGCAAGAUGCGCGACAACGCGGGAAAGUAUACGGUCGAAGUGAUCGGAACGAUCCACCACAGCCACAGAUACAGGGGCCUGUUUGACUUCCAGCAGUCUGUACACGACUCGCAGUUCAUGGCCAAGUUCACAGAGAAGAUCCUCCCGGGAGAGCUGUCAAAGAUCCGCGAGUUCGAGCUGACGCCAGGAGUGGCGGCGCCGCCAAACGUGGACAUACUGCCGCCGCCCUUCUUCACGACGCAGACGCUGCCGUUCUCGUAUUUUUACAGCCAGAACCCGUUUGUACGCGAGGUUCCGACACACGACGGAGCGACGGAGCUGGUCAACUCGACGGUGGGAGCAGCGCUGGGUGGCUACUUUCUCAAGUUCGACGCCGAGCCGGUGCCGGCAGGCCCGCCACCAUCGCUUCCUCCGCUGCAGGGACGACGCAAGAACGCGAUCCUGGCAGAGCUGCGGCGGGUGGUGGAGGAGCGGCCGGUGUGGACACGACGGGGCCUGGUGAACCACAUGAGCGAGGCGAUGGGGCUGCUGUUCACGGAGAACCGGCUGAAGACGUACUUUGCACACGUGUGCUUCCAGUUCAAGGGCGGGCCUUGGCGCGACACGCUGAUCCGGUACGGCUUCGACCCACGCAAGGAGCCGGAUGCAGGACGGUACCAGACGCUGCUGUUCAAGCUGCAGCAGCAGACAAGCCGGACGAGCGGGUGCUGGCACAGCAUCGGGGACGGGGGCCCGACGGGCACGGAAUCGCGGCAGGUGACGACACCGCUGACACACGCGAGCGGGCGGCAGGACACGCACAUCUUUGACGGACGCAGCUACUGUGACGACGGCAAGAUCUGGCAGGUGUGCGACAUUACGGAUCCGAUGCUGGUGGCGAUGCUGGCGAGGGCACCACGGCGACCGACAUGCGACGUCGUCAGCACGGGCUGGUACCAUCAGGGGACGUGGGCCAAGGCCAAGGCGAUGAUGAAGGCAAAGCUGAUCGCGAUCCGGUUUGGGCGCGACGUGGCAGACGAGGCGUACCAGGGGGCGCUGGCGGUGGCGGACGAGACGCCGCGGCUGGGGGUACGUUCGAUCAAGGUGCCGGUGCCGGACCUGCAGCUCACGCCAGAAGAAGAAGCGGUGACGGCGGUGAAGACGUACCACGGACGGCCGCAGAAGCGGGCGCGGAAACGGGGAGCGACAUCGGUGUCGGUGCCGAUUGAGCAGCAGCGAAAUGUGACGCGGAUGGGAGGGGAGGAGAAAGAGGGGAGAGCAGAAAAAGAAGGAGAGAUAGGGAAGGGAGAGGUGGCGGAAGGGAGAGAGGAAGAAGAGGAGGAAGAGGAGGAAGAGGAAGGAGACUUUGACGAGGGAGACUAUGAUGAUUACGAUGAAAUGGAGGAUGAGGAAGAGGAAGUGGAAGAGGUGGACGAGGAAGACGAGGAAGACGAGGAAGAAGAGGAAGAAGAGGAAGAGGAAGAGGAAGAGGAAGAGGAAGAGGAAGAGAAAGAGGAAGAGGAAGAGAAAGAGGAAGACGACCAUAAAGCAGACAGCAUCAAGAAGGAGAGCUCUGAUCCGAUGGAUCUGGGCGAGUAG